AGUUGAAUAAGGCCAUUAAAGUUUGAUAAAUUUGUGAUAACUGAAAUUGUUAUUUUUGUGUUUAGUUUUAUUUUCUGUUGCUUAGAAAGCUUUAUGCAGCCUUCAGUAAAUAGGACCAAACUAAAAUGGCACUCAAAAUCACCCUCGCCCUAUUCACUAUUAUUGCAGUAUUAGUCAACUUCGGACAUGUCAGAUGCAACCCUGCAAUUGCCACCGGAUAUGAUCCCAUGGAAAUCUGCAUAGAGAAUUGCGCACAAUGCAAGAAGAUGCUUGGAGCUUGGUUUGACGGGCCCCUAUGCGCAGAAUCAUGCAUCAAGUUUAAAGGAAAAUUGAUUCCUGAAUGUGAGAAUUUCGCGUCCAUCUCUCCUUUCCUUAAUAAACUUUAAGCAGAACAACACUGAACGACAACUUCUUAAAAUGACUAUAUGACGCCUGUUCAAUUCGGUCUACUCUUUGAAAAAAAUCCAUUCGAUCGACAUUGGUUUGUGCCAUUUCGUACUUUUUUCCUACUCUUGUGUCACUGACAACAUAAUAAUUUUAUAUUUCGUAGCUAAGUCCUCCAUGAACUGUAGUGCUUGACAUUAUAAAUAUAUUCGAUUUUCUCUUAAUUGAAUUGGAUCGAACUCGUUAUUGGAAUUCGACUCAAGAGUAGAUCUGAAUAUUGACCAAAUCCAUUUAUACUUGAGAUAACAAUUUUAAAAUUAGUAUGUGCAUUUGUAGUUUAUUGUAACGCUAUUUAUACAUGUAUUUGCAUAUUGUACCGAACUUAUUUAGUACUUAAAUAGCAUUUACAUAAAUGUUAGCCAUACUUAUUGUGUCAAACAUGAUGUGAUAAAAUGAAAUUUCUUUUGUGUUAAAACUUGCGCAUAUAUUUGUACAAGAAGUUUGCUCGAUGCAUUACGAAAUCUCCAACGAUACCAUACCAAAGCGUAAGAUACUCUUAGUACUUAACACGUAGCCCAGUAUUGUUUAUACUUUUUUACAUAUUUAUAG